CACCUCGCUAUCUUACGUUCGAUUGGCCUCGGUAAACACUAUCGCGAAUUUAGUUCACAAGUGAGUUUGACGUUUAACGUCAUUUGUGAAACUAUAAAACUUGGCAAGAUGAGUUCUACAUCAAACUGUGUCGACGGAACGGAAGAUGAUCCUAAUCAUGCCAUGCUCAAUGAUAUUAAUUUUGAAGUAUAUGUCGAGGAGCUUUUUGAAGAGGUCCCGUUUACGCAAUUUCAGGAGGAAGUCACGCGAAGCCACGUGCCGGCAAAAGGCAGAUCGUCUCGCGGACGCAAAAUGGUCACGCGCAAGAGCCGUAGCCAUCCGUGCAACGUCUGCGGAAAAAAGUACAAGAGCAAGAGUUGUCUGAAAAUCCACAUGGACGCGGCGCAUAACGAGAUCGAUCAUCCGUGCGACGUUUGCAAAAAGACGUUCACGACCAAGGGCAAUCUCCGGAGCCACGUGAAGUCGGUGCACAUGGCCAAGGCCCAUACGUGCGACACGUGCGGCAAGAAAUUCUCGCAGAAGGGCAAUCUCGCGACUCACGUGGACGCGGUGCACAAUGCUCGCAGGCAUCCGUGCUACAAGUGCGGAAAGCAAUUCAAACGGAUGAGUUAUCUGCGCAGGCACGUCGAGACGAUGCACGAUCGUAUCGCGACCUAUCGCUGCGACGCCUGCAGCAGGAUGUUUUCGACCAAGGAUCGUCUGAAAAUUCACGUCGACUCGGUGCACUUGAGCGUCACCUAUGCUUGCGACCUCUGUGCCAAAAGUUUCAGCUCCAAGAGCUAUUUGCGGAUCCACACCGAUUCGGUGCACUUGAGCGUCAACUUCAAAUGCGACACAUGCCAGAGAAAAUUUCCGCAGAAAAAUAAGCUCAAAAUGCACAUGGACGCGGAGCAUAACGGCGUCACUUACAAAUGCGAUCAAUGUAUAAAGACGUUCAAACACAAGCGUACUUUGAAAAUCCACAUCGAUACGUAUCACAACGGUGUCACUUAUCCGUGCGAUUUAUGCGGCAAGGCGUUCACGCAGAAGGGUUAUCUCAAAUUUCACAUAGAUGUGCAACACAUCGGUACUACUCACACUUGUCAUACGUGUAAGAAAACGUUUCGACAAAAGAGAAAUCUUCGGGUCCACAUCGAUUCGGCGCACUUUGGCAUCAAACACGAGUGCGACUUGUGCGAGAGAAGAUUCGCGCAAAAAAGACAACUCGACAUUCACAAGCAAGCGCAGCACAUUGGUAUCGAAUACAAAUGCGCCGAAUGCGAAAAGACGUUUAAAUUGAAAAGGAGUCUGAAGAUGCACAUCGAUGUGAGUCACAACGGUAUCACUUAUGAUUGCGGUAUAUGCGGCAAGGUAUUGACAAGCAAAUAUUGUCUGAAGAAACAUAUCGAGGGUAUCCAUUAUGGGAGCAUCCAAUCGUGCCUACAAUGCGGUAAAAUAUUCAAACGAAAAAAUGAACUCAACACUCACAUGAAGAAGAAUCAUUGAUGUCAGAGAUGUCGAGAAGUGUGAAAAGAAUCUAAAGAUCGAGAGUAAUCUCGAAAAUUACGAUGUAUUCUAAGUACAAGCGAGAUGUCCUAUGCGCUUCGAUGCGCUUUACGCACUUCAGAAUCGUACAGAAAACGUUCAUAUUUAUAAA